AUGGGAGAUAAUCAUCGUCAACUGGCUAAGCAUGACGUGCGCCCGUUCUGUUUGUUGGUGGUUUUAUAUUUCCUGCAAGGUAUUCCUGUCGGUCUUGCCUUCGGAACUGUACCAUUUCUACUUAAAUCAAUGGCAAAGGACACUACGUUUACCGAACUUGGGCUAUUUAGCAUGGCAACCUAUCCAUAUUCACUGAAAAUUCUCUGGUCCCCUAUUGUGGACUCAUUCUACAGUUCUAAAAUAGGGAGGCGUCGCUCUUGGAUCAUUCCAGUGCAACUCAUCAGUGGCCUUAUGUUAUGGCUCUUGGGUUUUUUAAUAUCACACAAUUGGGUUUUUGCAGGUGUUGAUAAUGCCUACAAGAAUUCUGAUGUUCCAAUUGAUGUCACGGGAAAGCAUCUAAAUAUUUCUAGCCUCACACUUUGCUUUCUUCUCUUGGUCUUCCUUUGUGCAACUCAGGAUAUUGCAGUGGAUGGUUGGGCUCUCGAAAUUCUCUCCAAGCAAUCUUUAUCAUAUGCUUCAACUGCUCAAACAAUUGGACUUAACACAGGCUACUUUUUGUCUUUUACCAUUUUCUUGACAUUCAACUCUGGUGACUUCAUCAAUAAAUACAUCAGAAGUUCGCCAAAAGAAUAUGGCAUAAUAAGCUUCAGCAAUUAUUUACAGCUUGCGGGCAUUCUUUAUGUUGCUGUCACUCUUUAUGUGAUGUUUUUCACCAAAGAACGUCCCUCCACAGGCAUGAUUCUCCCAACAAAUACAAAAAAGAGUGAUGAGAAAGAUCUUUUGCAAGUUGAGUACAACUCGGAUAUAGUUGGUUCAACGGAUAAUACUCGCUUGACUGAUGUCUACACAGCUUUCUGGAAGAUCUUGAAGUUACCAAGCGUUCAAAGUCUCAUGACAAUACAUUUUGUUUCAAAGUUUGCAUUUCAAUGCAAUGAAGGGGCCACAAAUUUGAAAUUAUUGGAGAGAGGGUUCAAAAGAGAAGAUCUUGCGAUCACUGUCCUCAUAGACUUUCCGUUUGAGAUAAUAUUUGGUUACUACGUCGCAAAAUGGAGCACCUACAUCCGCCAUGAGGUUAGCAGCACAGAGACAAGCAACAAGUUGGUCAAGUUUUUGGUGGGAGAAACUGGGGUUCUGACCCCUUGGUUGUGGGGUUUCCUGGGUCGCUUAACCGCGGCAAUCAUGGGCAAUUACCUAGUUUCUCAAUUUCCAUCGGAUGGAAAGAUAACUCGAGGGUAUUUCUUUCUCGUAAUUUUCCAGCAUUUACUGGGCUCUUUUAUGUCAACUGUCCAAUUUGUUGGUAUUUCAGCGUUCCAUACAAGAAUUGCUGAUCCUGUCAUUGGUGGUACUUAUAUGACUUUACUAAACACGCUGAGUAAUCUGGGAGGUACAUGGCCACGUCUCCUAAUCAUGUACAUGAUUGAUACUUUGACCAAUGUUGAAUGUGACAUUAAUGGUUUAACAGAGGAAUUACCAAUGGGAAAAGCGGAGUGCAUUUCGAAAGGCGGCAAGGUAAUUGUAUUGCGAGAUGGAUAUUACAUCACUAACAUCAUCUGUAUUAUAAUUGGCAUUAUCCUCUAUUUUGGAUUCAUAAAAAAGAGUGCUCUGCGCUUGCAAAAAAUGCCCAUCACUUCUUGGAGAUGCCUGUAA